AUGCCUUCGCAAAACAACUUCGAUCCCUCCUACCACGCAAACUCCGUCCGCCGAGUCCACAGCAUCGCCAAACAAAUGUCGCCGCCCGCAGCCACCAGCUUCUCCGCCGAGGUCGUCCCUCAGGCCCCCGAGGAUGCCCUCUUCGGCUUGAUGAGAGCUUACAGGGCCGACCAGGACCCGAACAAAGUCGAUCUCGGCAUUGGCGCAUACCGUGACGACAACGCAAAGCCCUGGGUAUUGCCCGUCGUCAAGAAGGCAGACGAGAUCCUCCGCAACGACCCCGAGCUGAACCACGAGUAUGCUCCCAUCGCCGGCAUCGUCUCCUUCACCAGCAAGGCCGCCGAGCUGAUCCUCGGUGGCGCCGACUCGCCCGCCAUCAAGGAGAAGCGAGUCACUUCCGUCCAGACCAUCUCCGGCACCGGUGCCGUGCACCUCGGUGCCCUCUUCCUCGCCAAGUUCUACCCCGGCACCAAGAAGGUCUACCUCUCGAACCCGACCUGGGCCAACCACAACCAGAUCUUCAGCAAUGUCGGCUUGCCCAUUGCCACCUACCCCUACUUCUCGAAAGAGACCAAGGGCCUUGACUUUGAGGGCAUGAAGUCGGCCAUCUACGGCGCUCCCGACAGAUCCAUCAUCCUGCUCCACGCAUGUGCACACAACCCCACCGGCGUAGACCCGACACUCGACCAGUGGAAGGAGAUCGCCGAGGUCAUUCGUGCCAAGAACCACUUCCCUUUCUUUGAUACGGCCUAUCAGGGAUUCGCCUCGGGCGACCUGAUGAAGGACAAUGCUGCCGUACGUUACUUCGUCGAGCAGGGUUUCGAGCUGGUCAUUGCCCAGUCGUUCGCCAAAAACUUUGGUCUGUACGGUGAGCGUGCCGGCUGCUUCCACGUUGUCACCGGCCCAUCACCGGAUGCCGAGAAGACCAUUACCCGCAUUGCGUCACAACUGGCCAUCCUGCAGCGUUCCGAAAUCUCCAACCCCCCGUUGUACGGUGCCCGUAUUGCCAGCACCGUACUGAACGACCCCAAGCUGUAUGCCGAGUGGGAAGACAACCUGCGCACCAUGAGCGGGCGCAUCAUCACCAUGCGGGAGAAGCUUAGGGCCAAGCUGGAGGAGCUCAAGACUCCUGGCAAGUGGAAUCACAUCACGGACCAGAUUGGCAUGUUCAGUUUUACGGGCUUGACCGAGGCUCAGGUCCUCAAGAUUCGCGAGGAGGCACAUGUCUACAUGACAAAGAACGGCCGUAUUAGCAUGGCUGGUCUCAACACGCGGAAUGUCGAGUAUGUCGCCAAAGCCAUAGAUAAGGUUGUCAGGGAGGUACAGUAA